AUGUCUCGCCAUCAUCCGUCAGUACCAACAUCACAGAGAUCAUGAAAUACAGACUAACUUUCAAUACAGAGAUCUCGUCAUGUGCCGCAAGACCGCCGGCGUCUCCAUUGGUCGCUUAUGCGACAAAUGCGACGGCAAAUGUCCCGUCUGCGACUCCUACGUCCGCCCUACUACCCUCGUGCGAAUCUGCGAUGAAUGCGCCUUCGGCAACUACCAGAACAAAUGUGUCGUCUGCGGUGGCGAGGGAAUCUCAGACGCCUUCUAUUGCUUCGAAUGCACGCGAUUAGAGAAGGAUCGAGACGGGUGCCCGAAGAUCAUCAAUCUGGGUAGUUCGAGGACGGAUCUGUUCUACCAGAAAAAGAAUUUCAGGAAUCAUUGA